AUGAGACAGUAUCACCUUGAGAGUUUGCAGAAAGACAGAGGCGAGACUAGCGCUGGCCAAAUUCAAUGUGCCUCACGUGUAAUGUGCCCGUUGUUGGCGCCAACUUUUCCUCCUGGCGAUGGCUGUGACGCUGGGUCUGGACAGCGGCGACGAGAGCAGCAGUUUCAUCUCCAGGUAAACAUCAUCUCAGAAGCCUCUAUAACCAAGGAAGCCCUAUGGAAUUUUCUGACUGGUUAUUAUGCAGAAUGUUGGAGGGAAGUAGUGCUCGGCGUGCAUGUGGCUAGUGUGAGUUUCCAGGCCGUGCUCGAGUGGGGUUAUCAUUUAAGAGGAGCACGCUCCAGAACGAAUAAAGUCGUUGCCAAGGUGUGGAUGACGACAGAAGCCAAGCACGGCUCAAAGCUUCAGCACCAAGCUUAUCCUUCAACACUCACCUCUUCAUCUGACCAUAUUAUCAGACUUCUAUAG